AGAAGAAUUGCCAGCGUCCUCGACGCGACCAUUUGGUCGCUUUCGAACGUGUUUGUGGCCGCAGCGCUGUCACUUGGUCAAUUUGAAAUCUGCCAUGAAGACCGCGCUCGCCCUUGCCCUUUGCGCCGUGACUGUGUCGGGCGCACGCCAGUGGAUUAUCAACCAUGGCCAGUUCAACGGCGACCCAUCUCCACGUGAGCCAUCCGAUCAGGAAGAGACCGAGUUUGCACGUCGUGGCCCACACGUGCCUGCAAUUGCCUCGUCGCCCGACACGCGCAUCGCGCUCGAGACGCAAGGGUUUAACGAAAAUGCCCGUGCGCCAAGCACGCACACGUUCCGUGCGUCGUUGGCCGACGAAGACAACAAGGACUUUGUCGAUUCGCUGCUGGGGUCGCUGGACGGAAGCACGCAAGUCAUAUCGGAUGGCCACCUGACGGACGCUGUACAGAGCCACGACCUCAAGUGGGCCGUGAUCUCGGGGACAGACGGUGUCAUCGCAACCGGCCAUAACAACGAGUUGGUGCAAGCCCUCCUCGAUGCUUCCCUCGACGGGGAUGCCAUAGAAGAUCCAACCAAGCCUGUGGAUCCUUGGCAUGAACCAGGUCAAGAGCACGCGCUCCUGGACGACUCGCGACGGCACGUUUACCGGUAUGGUCGCAAGAUUUUCCUCGACGAAGCGAAGAAGCCCGCCCAUCGCCGCUCCAGAAAAGGCAAGCAUGUCCUGCUCGAAGACGAACAGGAACGAAACGCGCAUUGGUACCACCGAGACCUCUUGGUCGAGCUGCGCAAUGCCAUUGACAACAUUGUCGACAGCGACAAUUAAGAGCUGCUAGCUCCCCAACAUGAUGGAUGUGUUUGAGUGUGGUCGUUGCACGCCAGAAUUGGAGUGGGGAGGGAGCACAGCGGACGGGCCAGCACCGCCAAGACAAGCCCACCUGACAGAGCGCUGUCUGGGGGGCGGGCACUUUGUCCAACGCCAAGACUACCCUCGACACGACCAUCACGUUACCCUCAUGUCCUGCUUCCAUGCUUCCUUUUAAUGUAGUCUCCC